AUGGUGUUGGCACGGAGGGACGAGACCGUUCCCUCUCUUUGGCAAACGGAGCAGCUCCUGGCGUGGUUCCCUGCGCAGUCUCCGGGGUCCCCAGGUUGUGAUGGGGUGAGCAGGGCGUGUGGCGUGGCCCAGGACGCCAGGCCGGCCCAGAGCACCCGCGCGUUGAUCGGCGGGAAGGAGGGCCCGCCCCGAGAUUUAUGGCCGCAGUCGGGCCCCCUGCGCACCGAGCGCGUCUCGGUCCUCUCCCAGCCAAACACUGGAGUGGAGGACCCGACCCCGGCUGGAGGAAGAGGCCAGGGCCGGAGGCGGGGCCGAGAGAAGCUGGAAUCCAUCCGGGCUGGGCCUGGCGCAUCAGUCCCAAUUCUGCCCGCCUUGCGCCCUCGUCUCGGUGAGGUGUGGGGCGCUGGCGCCGCAUCCCUGGUCUUCCAGGCAGGUCCGGGCAGCUCCCGGCGGGGUUGGCCUGACCUCGACUUGGUGCUGUACUGCAGCUGGGCCUGUGCACGCAGCGAGGGGACAGCGAACGUGGCUUUCCUGGGCAUAGCCUCUCCAGAUUUUAGCCGCGCCCGCCAGACACGGGACCUGCGGAAACCAGCGCUUAAGAUACCCGGCCACACGGCCUCUGAGAGGGCUGCAGAAGCCAGCGAUCCCUCGGGGUCCCCUUCACCGAGUUGUAGCAGACUGGGGGCUUCGGUCACCACCUGGAAAAGGGGUUGGGGCAACCGGCGGAGUGACUCGGGCCGCGCCAAGGAAAGGAUACGAUUUUUCCCCUCUCUGGGGGGGAUAAGGGGAGAACGGGUCUCAGCGGCAAGCAACACCAGGAUUCGGGAAGAACCGGGUUCAACGCUGAAUUGAGAGACGCUGUGUAAUCGCGGGACUCGCACUAGCCUGGUGCAGGAGACCGAGCCUGCGCCAACUAAAGCGCAACAGGGGAGACGGCCGGGCUCAAGGUUGGCCUGUCCUUUGGUUUUAAAACAAAGAGGGAGAAUUUUGUCAGGUGGGACGCGUCCAGGGAGCGGGCGGCCUCGGAACACAGGAAAGGCCUCCACUCCAGUUACCCAGGCUGGCUGCGGAGAAGCGCGCUGGGCCGGGCCUCGGCUAGACUGGGCAGAUUCUCCUGCAACUGCGGUUUGGGGUUACAAGGAAGAACCCCCCACCCCCAGCCGAUUUUCCACCCACUCAGUGUAACACACACACACACACACACACACACACACACACACACACACAGCUUUUGGCCACCUAUUCCGCUGGAUAAACAAAAGUAUGAGGGGUGGGGUGGGGGAGGGGAUGGAAUGGGGGUGGGGCACGGAAGAUGGCGGCUGGCCCUGGUUGCCUUUGGCCUGUGCCCUAUGGCCAUGGCGCCUAGGCCUGGUUUUUACAUUUCAAUGUUGCCCGCCAUACUGGGGAGGGCGUUUUCCUGGACCCCGCAGCCUGGUUAGGGAUGUCCCAGAGGCUCCUUUCCAUGAAUGGGGGAGGCUGGACUGUACCCACUACUUCGCUUGGGAUCGGUCCUCCGCCCCAAGAUGGCUCCCAGUCGCUGUUUACUCAGCGGCUGCGGGGACACCAGGACGCGGGGCUGGGGAGCGGGCGAAGAUCAGGGCGCGUACAGAUUGGCUCGGGCAGGCGGCCUCUCUGCGUGGCCCGUCCGCGGCCCCGUGCACGCGGCAGCCCUGGAGAAUCAGCAGGGGCAGGAUGCGUCCCGGGCGUCCCGCCCGGCGGCCAGGAACUGGGAGCCACCGUCACCACCGCGUCUCCAGGCCCCGCACCCCGGCUGGGCUCCGGUGGCUGCAGGGCCGCCCAAUUGUGGAGAGGGGCGGUGGGUAUGGGGGGAGGGGGCCUCCUUGGCCCUGAACCAUGGCCCUAAUGAAAUACCGGCUGGGUCUGUCACGCCGCCGAGGCGCACACUUGAAAAAUGCAAACGCCAUUGGCAAAUCCAGGGCAAACAGGCAGAAUUUUUAUUAGCAACUAAAUGAUUUAUGGUACACAUACCCCGCCGUCACAAUUACGGCGUCUUGGAGCAUCCAAGGGGUGAAAACAUUAAACAUUUAUAAAAAUA